AUGUUUGCCAAGUUCAGAAACGAAAAGAUUCUACGAAAAUUUUCGCCGGAAAUCAAGAAUUGGCCUUGGCCCAAUGUUCUUGCUCCCUGGUCGGCCAAAUCAUCAGUGGUGAGCAUGCUUGAUGUUCAAGUGAUGCUGUGGGAGAUCGAUUCGGAGGAGCAGGUUCUGUUUGAGAAGAAGAUGACCGAAGAAGCGCGCCAAGAAGUCGAACGUGAUCUUUGCAACCGAGACUCGUUCUCACAUGCGCACGAUACUGCUCUUCUAGAACAGGUCUAUCCUUCCAGAUUGGAGAUCAUUGAAAUUUCAGCUCGCCAUCUCCCCAAGCUCGAUCUCUAUGGAAAGUGCGACCCAUACUGCAGGAUAACAUUCUGUUCGCAGACAAAGAUAACUAGCAUACAGAAGACUACCUACUGUCCUGACUGGGACGAGGUCCUGACCUUCAAGUUGCCAGCUUUCCAGGAGAUUACCCCGAUGAAGAUAGAGCUGUUCGAUCAUGAUUUUGAUAGCGGGCCGGAUUAUGUAGGGCAAGCGAUCUUAUCGAAAGAGGACAUUCAAGAUGUUAUUGGAGACUUCAACCCCAACAAGACCUGGACGACCAUGAAAGCCUUCAAGCUGUGCAGUGCUGAUCAUCAGCCCACAAUUGGCGCUGACCAGCUCCGGUCGACAUUGAAGAUCUUGUACAUUUCUGCUCGCUCUCAACCCCUCUCUCACCUUGUUCUCUAG